UCCUGGGCGGCUCCGCUCCCAUGACCUACUUGGCUCACACGGCCCACGCCCAGCUCGGCGCCCUUUGGCUGAGCUGCGUGGGCUGGACUCUCACUGCCGUGGCCCUUGGACUCAUCCAGUGGAGGGUCUGGCAGGUGUCCGACACCGACGUCAUCAGCUCCGGCGUGGCCUGGGUGGGAAUCUGGAGGGCCUGCUUCAACAGCCACACCGUGGUGACCCCUGGCUUCGAGGUCAUGCACUGCAGGUACAUCAGCCCGACCGCUGCCUUCGCACCAGCGGAAAUCGUGUCCGGUCAGGUCCUCAUGGUCCUGUCUCUGGUGGCGGGGCUCUGCGGGAACACGGGCGGCGUCUACGCCCUGAGGAACAUCUACUUUGGGAUGGAGAAGAACUCUCCGAUCCGCUUAUCGUUCUCCGCCGCCGGGGCUCUGUGCCUGUCGGCCGCCGCGAUGUCUCUCAUACCGCUGGUGUGGAAUCUGAGCUCGGUGGUGACCAACCGGACCAUCGAGUUCCCGCCCGAGUUCAGAAUGCCCCGGGCGCCCGAAUCGCAGCACGCAGGGAGCGGCAUAGGGGUGGGGAUGGUGGGAAGCAUCCUGAUGAUCGUCUCGGGGACUGUUUUCUGUAUGUACAGGUUACCGGCGAGGCCGCAACCCGGGGUCCAGGUGUCUCCGGGAGAACAGGAGCAACCGGACCGGUCAUUACCCGCGCAAUCGGUGACUGACAGGCGGGGAGCUUCAGCCGGCUCCGGGGGCAGAGAGAACCCCGGAUUUGAGGCCGACAAACACGUGUGAUCCGUUUGCUGGCGCGUUUGGCACCGGCUCCGAUCUGUUUGCAGGACGGGCACCCAGCUGGUCGUGAACGGCGUGCGGGUUGGGGUUUAUUUAGGGGGUCAGACCGGACUACGGAAUGAUUCGCUGCCUUCGUGCUUCAGAACUGCCUGGGGGGGGGCUUUAAUGAGUUUUGGUCUGAUGCUGGGAAGACGUCGGCUGAAGUAAAGGCCGGUAAAAGAAGCCGCAGUGUUGCAUUCAGCUCGGCAACAUAAAAAUGACAUGAACGUCCGUAGGAGACAGAAGCAUUAUUUUGUCCACCAUUUUUUUUUUGGUCUCUAAAAGGCCUUGACCUUUGACCCCUGACCCUUAUUUGGUUCUGCCGCGUUGAGUGCGGGGCGUUUACCGGUUUUCCUCCCGCUCACCGUAACCGGGGAGACGGUGCAAACAUGCUCGUGUUCCCCGGAGGUCUUCACCCGAGGUGACGCUCAGUGAUGUUUUUUUUUUUUUUAACAUGAGCUCCGAGAUCAGAGCCGUUAAGUCAACAACCUGGGAACCGGGGACUCUCCAGCCACUGACAACCCCGGAUUUCACUCUCUGAAACGAACGAUGGUUGGAGUGCUCACACUGAAUGUACAACAUUCUCCCAGGAUAGUGAUGUGGAUCAGAGUGAACUACUGUCGAGCGGAGGUUUGCUAAAUGAUGCCCUGUAGAGCAACUGAUUUUUACUUUCUAACAGCGUUGAAGAGCAGGUGGCGUCUGAAAACACGUUUUCAAUGAAGAAAGAGGCAUUUUAAUCAUCGUGACUAAAUUUUUACAAUAUCCUUAGGAUAUUUUGAAUGAUCUGGAUACUUGGGAUCGAGGUAACUAAAAUCAUAGUUGUAGAUUGAGUCAUAUCUUUUCUUUUUCUUGUAAUAUACACUGCACUACAUACAGUAGUAUAUAAUGUGUACUGUAUGUAGUGGACAUGUUCCAACAAUUAAACCCCUUACAAGAAAUAUUAGAAUUACAGGUAGGAAGUAAAAGUGCUAUGUAAUAAUA